UAUGUGUGUGUAACAGAAUAAAUAUCUCAUUCGAUUCGUACAUCUCAACAACCUUUGGAGGGAGGAGCAACUAUGGGAGGAUUCUCCGGUGAUCAGUCUUUAACUCCCUCCAUGGACUCCGGCCAAGCCCGCCUCAAGGAGCUCGGCUACAAGCAAGAGCUGAAGCGUGACCUCUCGGUCUUCUCCAAUUUCGCCAUCUCAUUUUCCAUCAUAUCUGUUCUCACGGGGAUCACUACAACGUACAACACCGGUUUGAGAUUCGGCGGCACGGUUACUCUGGUUUACGGAUGGUUCGUGGCUGGAGUGUUCACUAUGUGCGUGGGGUUGUCGAUGGCUGAGAUCUGCUCCUCGUACCCAACUUCCGGUGGUCUCUACUACUGGAGUGCUAUGCUCGCUGGCCCUCGAUGGGCUCCUCUUGCCUCUUGGUUGACCGGCUGGUUCAACAUCGUUGGUCAGUGGGCAGUUACUGCGAGCGUUGACUUCUCUCUGGCACAGCUGAUUCAAGUGAUCGUGCUUCUCUCCACCGGCGGUAAAAAUGGCGGAGGAUACCAAGGAUCGGACUAUGUAGUCAUUGCUAUCCAUGGGGGGAUCUUGUUCAUACAUGCACUUCUCAACAGCCUCCCCAUCUCCGUCUUGUCUUUCAUUGGACAGCUCGCUGCUCUCUGGAAUCUACUUGGGGUUCUGGUGCUUAUGAUCCUGAUCCCUGUGGUUUCUACCGAGAGAGCCACAACUAAGUUUGUCUUCACUAACUUCAACACUGACAAUGGACUCGGCAUUACAAGCUACGCUUACAUAUUCGUUUUGGGACUCCUCAUGAGCCAGUACACCAUCACAGGAUAUGAUGCAUCUGCCCACAUGACUGAGGAGACAAUUGACGCAGACAAGAAUGGUCCAAGAGGAAUAAUAAGUGCAAUUGGGAUAUCAAUACUGUUUGGAUGGGGUUAUAUAUUGGGCAUAAGCUAUGCUGUCACAGACAUACCUUACCUCCUGACUGAGACCAACAACUCUGGUGGGUACGCCAUCGCUGAGAUCUUCUACUUAGCUUUCAAGAGCAGGUUUGGGAGUGGUACAGGAGGAAUCGUGUGCUUAGGCAUUGUUGCUGUUGCUGUGUUUUUCUGUGGCAUGAGCUCUGUCACCAGCAAUUCUAGGAUGGCGUAUGCGUUUUCGAGAGAUGGAGCAAUGCCAUUUUCUCCCUUAUGGCACAAAGUGAACAGCAGAGAGGUUCCUGUUAACGCGGUUUGGCUCUCUGCUUCCAUAUCGUUCUGUAUGGCCCUCACCUCACUGGGGAGUAUAGUGGCGUUCCAAGCAAUGGUGUCGAUAGCAACCAUUGGACUGUACAUAGCAUACGCAUUACCGAUCUUUUUGAGAGUGACGCUGUCACGCAAAACCUUUGUGGCUGGACCAUUCAGCCUAGGGAGGUACGGAAACGUUGUCGGGUGGGUGGCAGUCAUAUGGGUUGCAACCAUCUCCGUCCUCUUCUCACUUCCCGUGGCAUAUCCCAUAACGGCGGAGACACUUAACUACACUCCAGUGGCAGUGGCUGGCUUGUUGGCCAUAAUCCUCUCGUACUGGCUUAUAAGCGCCCGCCAUUGGUUUACUGGUCCAGUUUCCAACAUUCUUAGCUGAAACAACUUUAUAGUAUUUUGGGGUUGUUUCAUGUUUGUUUUCUUAUUUAUAUAUAGUAAAGGCAUUCAAGAUGUAAUCUACCGUUUGAUAUAUACAAACAAACAAUCAUCUUCUCCUU